AUGACAUUGAUUUAUUCUUUAUUCUAUCUCGGUUAUCUUAUAACAUUUUCGAAUGCUCACGUAUUACUCUAUCAUACAGAAAACUCACUCUCAGUACAAUAUUACGAUUGUAUUUAUUAUACACGAUUAAAAAUUCAAGAUAAUAUUCAAGAUAUUAAAUAUUGUCGUCAAUUCAAUGAAAGUCAAACACUUCAACGUGAUUUUAAUCAAUCCUGUCAUAAUAAUGGUCAAUUAUGGACAUUUGAAAAAUUAUCAUCUUUCAAUAUAUCACCAUCUGACGUUCUUCAAUGGAGUUCAAGUCUCGAACAAACUGAUCGUUAUUCACAAUAUUUAUCGAAUAAAUUGUUUGAUAUGACAAAUGCGUACCUAUGUAAUUGUACAAAUCCAUCGUCAUUUGGAAAAUUUUGUGAAUAUAAAUUUUAUGGUGAUAGUACAUUUUUCAAUGAUGCUAUUAAAAAACAAUUUCAAUCACUUGAACAUUUUCCAAUGAGUUCAGGCAAGAUUCAUGUUGGUAGUCAACUUCACAAUAAUCGACCAUGUUAUAUAACAUUGAUAUGUGAUUCCGGAUUGAUGUGUUUAGAUUGGAGACAUAUCUGUGAUGGUAAACAACAAUGUAUGGAUGGUAUCGAUGAAGAUUACUGUGAAAGAUUAGAAUUUAAUGAAUGCGAAGAUGAUGAAUAUCGAUGUGCAAAUGGAAUGUGUAUUCCUGAUGAAUAUUGGUUAGAUGGUGAUUUCGAUUGUAUGGAUUGGACAGAUGAAAAAGGCAUUCUCGCUAAUCCAGGAGCGAGUUGUUUCAGUACACCUUCAUUAAUUUGUGAUGAACAUGUCUGUCAAUAUCAUCAAUGGUCAUGUGGUGAUGGUCAAUGUGUUAAUCUUGAUACUGAUCGAUUUGAAGGUAUUCGAAAAUCUCAAUAUGAAUUCUGUCAAAAUAUGCGAGAUGUUAAUUAUAUGUGUGAAGCAGUGACAAGAGAUUCGAAAUCCUGGUGGACAAUCAUUAAUGGAUAUUGUUUACCUUAUUCAUUAAGUUAUAGAAUAUUCAAUCUUGAUUCACUUAUUAUUGCAGAUCAAUGUAUAUUUGCAAUAAAAUGUGCAUUGAGUGAUGGACUUGAUCAAGAUUGUCAUUGUAAAAAUUCUACUGAAUGUCGUUUAUUAAUUAAUAACACAUGUUCAAAUUCUUCUCAAAUUUAUCCAACAUCGGGUGCAUUACUUACUCCUUAUGUUCGUAUGGUAUAUGAACGAGAUCGUGACUGGAAGACGAAGAAACCGGAUAUGAUUAGAUUUGAUGGUCGAACCAAAUGUAUUGGUUAUCAAAUGAUUACUAAAUCUUCUCCACAGUUAUCAUUUGGUCCCAAGUUUCGAUAUUAUGAUUAUCGAAAAUUAGAAAAUACGAUUUGUAAUUUUAAAGCAUUUCGAGGUACUCCAAAUUAUACCGGUUUACAUUAUGAUAAAAAUUGUUGGAAUGAUUCGAAAACAUCAAACAAUCAUUCUUAUCAAGUUUCAUUUUUUUGUGAAUCAAGAUGUAUUUCAAAAUAUCGAAUAAGAGAUGGAAUAUGGGAUUGUGAUAAAUAUGAAGAAGAUCAAUCUAUUCAAAAUACAUGUUCACAAAUUCAACAUCAUCGUUUCCAAUGUUCAUCAUCUGAACAGACAUGUUUAUUAGUUGGUACAUUAGGUGAUUGGUUUACUGAUUGUUCUGAUGGACGAGAUGAAAUCGAUGAUAAUGGUGAAAGUGAUACAAUUCCAUUGAUUAAUAUAGCUUGUAAACAAAAAACUGAUCCAGAAUGUAAUUAUCUUCGAAAAUAUAUUCAAAGUUCAUCAAUGAAUAAUACGAAGAAAAUCAUUUCUGUUGAUCAAUCAACAAGAAUCAUUUCAUUUCGAUUAUAUUGUAAUUCAUUUUUUGAUACGAAAUCAGCUAUUGAUGAAUUACCUGACUUAUGUCAAUCAUGGAUUUGUUCAAUUGAUCAAUAUCAAUGUUUAUCUGGACAAUGUAUUCCACAAGAAUGGAUUUGUGAUGGUGAAUGGGAUUGUAGUGAUGGAUCAGAUGAAGAACGUCUUUUAAUAAUCGAUAAUUUCAAGGAACAUAAUUUAAAUUUAAAAAAUCUAACUCAAUUUAAACAACAAUGUUAUCAACGUUAUCAACAAAGUCUAAUUCCAUUUGCAAAUAUUUGUAAUCUUUCAUUUGAAUAUCCAUGUUUUCGAGUUGGUAUCAAUGAUAUAUUUAAUAUUUCAUUUCAUCGUCCAUGUAUCAAUUUAACUCAAAUUGGUGAUGGUAUAAUCGAUUGUUUAACUGCUCUUGACGAACGUAAUCAUUUGCAAUGUUUACAAAAUGGAAUGUUAGGUUAUCAUGUUCAAUAUAAUCACACUCUUUGUAUUCCAUAUGCUCGCACAUGUAGUCAACGUUAUCCAUGGACAAUAGGUUCUAAUCUUGCUUAUGAUUCAGUCUGUUUUUAUCGUCGACUAAUGUAUAAAAAUGGAACAAAUAGUAGUUGUAAUACAGACAAAGAUGUUUUAUGUUUAAAUGAUAUUUGUAUUAAAAAUGCUAGAUGUAAUGGAACCAUUGAAUGUGCUCAUGGCGAAGAUGAAUAUCGUUGUGUACCAGAAAAUCAAUCAUCGGUUAAAUAUCGAUCAUUCAAAACAAUUAAAUUUCUGCCAAUUAAUUUAUCAAUUUAUCCAUUUUUAAAUAAGAAUUCUUCUUUAGUUUUAAUUGAAAAUAAAACAGAUAUGAGAUUGAAUAUUAUAUUUGAGAAUGAUCUAACUCGAAUAUUUGAUCAAGAGAAUUCCAAUAUUAAUCAAACAAUUUAUGAAAACAUUCGUGAUAAUGUUGAAAACAGUGGAAUAACAUUUGAAAAAGAUUAUUUACCAUUUAUUUGCAAUCGUGGUUUAGCAUUGAAAUAUUUGACAGGUCAUACAAUUUGUUUUUGUCCAUCGAAUUUCUAUGGAUUACAAUGUGAAUAUUAUAGUGAUCGAGUAACUAUUCUAACAAGUCUUCAGCAAAUUAUAUUGCGGAAUCAAGUAAAAGUUUUAGCAAUAUUUUCAUAUGAAAAUGAGAUAAUUGAUCUGUAUGAAUUUUAUGUUCAUUCUAAUUCUUUGAAACAACAAAUCUAUUUUAAUUAUCCUCGAUUUGAAAAAUAUUUACAUUUCAAACAAAUCUAUCGAAAUGGAACACAAUUAUAUAAUAUUCGUUUUGAAAUCUAUCGUUUAAAUUCAAAUGAAACAAUUGAUAUCAUUGGAGUUUGGAAAUAUUCCAUUGAAUUCGAUUUUCUUCCUUCAUUUCGUUUAGCAAAAAUUCUUCGAUUAUCAUCAUCAUCAUCAUGUUCAUCAAAUCAUUCAUGUACGAAAAAUGGAAUUUGUCAACAAAUAAUCAAUAGAAAUGAUUCAUCAUAUUUCUGUUUAUGUCAAAAUGGAUUCUAUGGACUUUAUUGUGAAUAUUAUGAUCAGCAAUGUCGAGAUUAUUGUUCAUUAAAUGCGAUAUGUAAACCAAAAUAUCGUGGAAUUUUAACAGGAAAUCAAUCUGAACCGUACUGUUUAUGUCCACUAUCAACAUUUGGUCCAAGAUGUUAUUUUAAAAACAAAUAUUGUCAAUUCAAUCCAUGUUUAAAUCAAGGAACUUGUUUUAUUACGUCGAAUUUAGCUAAUAUCAAUGAAUAUAUUUGUAUAUGUACAAAUUUUUAUGAAGGUAAACAUUGUGAAUUCUCGAAAGGAAUGGUUAAUAUUCGAAUCAAUUCAUCAUUCUCAAUCAAUGAUAUUCUUGCGACAACAGUUUUCUAUAACGAUUAUGAUCAAGAAACAUUACGUUUUCUCAUUCGUUAUCAACAAGUUUAUUCAAGUUUACAUUCACAAUUAAAACCAAUUUAUAUUGGUAAAGUUGAUCAAUAUGCACCAAUAAUGGCGAUAAUGAAAAUCUAUCGAUUGAAUUAUGAAUCCGAAUAUUAUUUAUUAUAUUAUCAUCCGAAUAAAAAGACUAUUAAUAUAACCGUCGAUUUAACAUUAGAAAAUUAUUGUCCAUUAUGGUAUUUAAUGGAAUCGAAUGAAGAGAAGAAUUCGACAAUUUCAGUAUUUUUUUAUCAUCGUCUUUGUCAAUUGAAUCGAAAUAAACGAAAUUAUACUUGUUUUCGUGAUUGGAAUUAUUUUUGUAUAUGUGAAUUAAAUCAUUCUCGUGCUGAAUGUUUUGGAUAUAAUCAUUCCAUUGAUCAAUGUUCACAUUGUGUAUCGAGUGGUUUUUGUUUAAAAGAAAAAGUCGAUUUUCUUUGUCUUUGUCGACGAUGUUCUUAUGGACAUAUGUGUCAAUAUUCAACAGAAUGGAUGAGUUUUACAUUAGAUUCAUUAAUUAUUAAAGAUUUAGAUAAUAAUCGACGAAUAUCUAUUAUUGUUUAUAUUAUCAUCGUUUGUUUGAUAUUUCUAUUUGGAUUAUUGAAUAAUUACAAUAGUUUUUUGACCUUUAUUCGUCCUAAAUCACGAAAGAGUGGUGUUGGAAAUUAUUUACUUAUUAUUUCGAUAAUUGAUCAAUGUUCAUUAUUGUUAUUACUAUUGAAAAUUAUUCAUACUAUACUUGGAUAUCAUGGAAUAUUAGUUUUCUAUGCCAAUACUAAUCUUUAUUCAUGUAAAAUUCUUUCUUAUCUAUUAUCUGUUUUAACACGAAUUACAUAUUGGUUAACAAGUUUAAUAACUAUUGAACGAUUAUGUUUAGUUUUAAUUCCAACAUCUUCUCUAUCAAAAAAUCAACAUCGAAUUAUCAUAAUGAUUAUCUUUGUCAUUGUAUGUUUAUUUAGUAUGCAUAUUCAUGAAAUGAUGUUUUAUACAAUUAUUAUAGAUUAUUCUAAUUUAUCUCGAAAUGUUACUCUUUGUGUGACUAAUUAUACUCAAUCAUCAGUUUUAACUUAUCAUCGUAUCAAUGUAUUUAUUCAUUAUCUUAUUCCAUUUCUUAUUCAGAUUAUUGCAAUAACAAUUUUAAUUAUUCAAGUUGCUUGUAAUCGAGUACGGAUAAGUAAUCAAACAUUUUUUAAUUUAUUAAUCAAAGAAAUUAAAACACAAAAAGAACAAUAUAUAACACCGAUGGUUAUUAUUAUUAGUUCAUUACCACAAAUUAUUCUAGCAUUUUCAUAUACAUGUACCGAAUUGAAACAAUCAUGGCAACGAUAUACUCUAUUAACAACUUAUUUUCUUUCAUAUUUACCUCAAAUGUUAGGUUUUAUUCUAUAUGUAUUACCAUCAACAACUUAUUUCAAAGAAUUUCGACAAACACCAAUUGGAAAGAGAAUUCAACGACAACCACGAGUAGCAAAACCUCAUCUGAAAAGGAAGAUACUAAUUACAAAACCAACUGUUCCAACGGAUACAUCAUCAUCACGAAUACCAAUCAAGAGAACCUGA